AUGGCUCCCAUGCCUAUCCUUGAGAUCAGUCUAGGUUUGGCCAGAGAUAACUGGACAAGAUGGUCGCAGACUAUAUGGAGGCCAAGACUUGCUGCUAAUAAGCUGGAGAAACAAAUUGAAGAACUUCAAAAGCAGCUGGCUGGGUUGAGGGAGAGGCAGAACAGGCUUGGGGCUGGAUUGGGUACUAAGGCCAAGGCAACCUUCCUCGUGCAGAAUAUGGUCUCAGCUUCUAGGCCAACAUUGGAGAUUGCAGAAGCUUCUAUCCACUAG